GCCUAGAAUCUUAAAUAUCGCAACUUGAAAACCAAUGAAAUUGUAAAUUGAGUACUUCGCGGUAUUUCGUUUGCGCAGUUGGCGUACGUUUUGUGCCGGGAAUAGUUUCGGAUGAUGGUUUUGAUGUUUUGUUAUCAACAGUUCGCAGGUUCGUAGUGACAAAUGGCUGAGAUGGAAAACUAUGGGAACGGUGAGAGCGAGCAAGUUAAAUAUGUAACAGAAGAAUACCGAAAUCUGCUUCACGAAGCAAUGUUACUAAAUGAAGAUGACAAAACAGGAAGAGAGAACAUUCAGCAUAUUUCUUCUCUCAUGUGCAAAGCCGAUCACCUCAUCAAAGAUGUGCAGAAUCUGAAUAAUACAAUAGGUCUACUUGAUGCAAAAGUUAUCAGUAUUGGCUCCAGUGUUUUGAAGCGAACUGCUGAAGCUGUAAAUGCAAAUCUGUUUUCUUUUACUGCAGAAGAAUACAGUGACAAUAUAAUAUCAUACUUAAAGCAAGAGCCCUCUGUAACCAAUAAUAUCAAGUUAAUAUGUCAGAAAUUAGCUCCUAUUGCUGCAAAAUGUUUCUGCCGCACACCAUCUUACAUGUACAUGUUAGGUACUUUCCAAGUUGGUGAAGUAGCAGUCACUCAGAAGAAGGCACGGAAACAGAGGGAGAAGCAGGAAGAAGGAAGUAGAAAGCAGCCAGAAAACGUGGAACGCAUAGAGAAACAAGAAGAUGGAGUUGAAGAAACAGUACAUUAUAUUAUGAAUGUUGUGACUGCAGCAUACAGACAAAACAAGAACAAACCAAUAAGCUAUUUUGAGCUAGUCAUCAAUCCAGACUCUUUUGGAGCUACAGUAGAAAACAUAUUCCAUGUUUCCUUCCUGGUGAAAGAUGGAUAUAUUGAUUUUUCUUGGGAUGAAAACAGAUUUCCAGUCAUUGCACCUGCUCGAAGAGAUGUCAUAGAAAAUCGAAAGAAGUAUGAUCAAACGAGACAACAGAUGGUCCUUGAAAUUGAUAUGAACCAGUGGGAAGAACUGAAGAACACAUUUGCAAUUAGACGUGCAAUGUUAAACCCAAGAAACAUCACUGCUGCUCAAGACUCACAUCAUUGACAUGCACAUAUAAGCCUUAUUUCCUUGCUCCCACUUUCAUUCCUCCCUCCUCUGCCUUUUUUAAAUUGUGAAAUAAGUGUCAAAAGUAAACACAGAAGUGGGCAUCAUUUACACAUAAAAAUAGCCACAAAAUCUGCAAGAAUUUGAUUUGUUAUAAUAUACAAUAAAACUUGGUUAUAGCAACAUCGGUUUCUGUGACACCUUGUCUAUUGCG